GGGCUGGGCUGGCAGCCAUUGGCUGGGGCUGUAGGGUUACGUGGGGCACCUGGGCCCGUCUCUCAGAGCCAUCCAGGGCUGGGGCCGGCACGGAUCUCAGCUGCACCAGUCCCCUUACAGCACUGCCUGCCUGAGCCAUGGCCCCCCUCUCCGCCUGGCACCUGGGCCUGCUGCUGGCCCUCUUGUACUCCCUGCAGCCUCUCGAGGUGCAUGGAGACACUGGGCCCCAUCCCCAUGAUGACAUAGAGCACCCACAUCACCACGGUGAUUACAGCCAUCAGGAUGCAGAACACCCUCAGCAUAACAGGGAACAUGGGCACCACAGCCAUCACCAUGACGACAGAAAGCACCAGCACAGCCAUCACUAUGGCGAUGAGGGGCAUCCCUACAGCCAUGAUGAAGAACAUCAUCACCACAACGAGGAGGAACACCAUCAUGAUGGCCAUCACUAUGAUGACGAUGAACACCGCCACCAUGGCCAUCACCACAAUGAUGAGGAGGAGGAGGUGGAGCACCACCAUCACUACAAGGAGCAUCAUCAUCACAGUGACAAAGAGCAUCUGCUUGGUAACAGGCACCACCACCACUAUGAUUCUGAGGAGGAGGAGGAUGAUGACAAUGAUGCUCACCAUCACCAUGAUGACCACCACAGCAAUGAGGAUGAGCCCAGUCACCACCAUCAUCACCACAAGGACAAGGAUGACAAUGAUGAUGAGGACAAGGACACCCCUCGCCACCAUGGUCAUGAUAUCAAGUCUACUGAGGAGGACGAUGAUGAGUCUGAGGAAGAGGAGGAUGAGGAAGAGGGUGUGAGGAAGCACCACAGGGAUGAGGAAGAGGAUGAGUCUGAUGAGUCAGAGGAAGAGGAGGAAGAGGAAGGACAUGGCAAGGAAGGGCACCGGGUCCGAGAGCAUCGCAAGGAGGAGAAAAAGGAGGAGGAAGAGGAGGAGGAGGAGGAGGGAGAGGAGGAGUACCAGCCAGGCUCCGUGUGCCAGUACUGUGAGUUCUGCAAGCACUGCGGGGAGUGUGACAAGUGCCCCUGCCUGGAAGGUGAUGCCAGCCCCUACUGCGAGGCCUGUCAGCACUGCCACUUCUGCUACAUGUGCCCAGUCUGUGAGACUGCCUGCCAGCCAGGGAGCAUAGUGGAUGAGAUGUCUGGGGCCUUGUUUCAAAUGAUCGCCACCAUCUUUGAACGACAGGAGCAGUGAGGGAGCUGUGAUCCAGGGGAAAAAGUGGGGGAAGGCCCUAGGUGACCUCUGACCUUUAGGAUCCAAGGUGCCCACUCAGCUGGACGGGCCUCUUCCUCAUCUGGGCUUGUGUAGGGGGGUAUCAGUCUGACCCGUCUGGAUUGAGAUGCGACAUGGGGGGGGGGAGUCCCUGUACCCCUGACCUUGUACCCACUGCUGACCCAACCCCCACCCCCCCUCAAGCCCUCCAUUGGGCUUCAUUUCAGCAUAGGGGGGAACAACUGCUGCAGUGACAAGGACCCCCAGUUGAUGGGGCAGUGACCUGGGACCCUCCCCUUCAAGCCCCAGGCCCUGGUACACCCCCUUCAGAUCCCCACCAGGCUGGAGCCCUCCAUGCCCAAUUUUGCCCCCCCAACCAGUCCAGGUGCCCAGGCCCCUGGUGUGAACUCAACCCUCCCCUCCUCCCCCAACUCUGCAUUUUGUAUGGUUAAUCCCCGUUUCCCUCAAUAAAAGCUGUGAUGCCCCCAGACCUGCGUGUCCUGCAGUCCAUGGGAGCACAGGGAAAGGGAGAUCUCCAGGGGCUGAGAUGCAGCCACUUCUUGGGUGGGGCACGUUGGAGGGUGCCAAUAUAGGUACCCCCUUCAGCCAGCAGAGAUGCAGCCAGGUCUGGAGUGGGGCACAUCAGG